GUGUGGCUGACCAUCCUGUUUAUCUUCCGUAUCCUGGUGCUCGGGACGGCAGCCGAGUCAUCAUGGGGCGAUGAGCAGGAAGACUUCAACUGUGACUCGGUGCAGCCGGGCUGCGAGAACGUCUGUUAUGACCGAGCAUUUCCUAUAGCACACAUACGAUACUGGGUGCUGCAAAUUGUAUUUGUGUCGACUCCGAGUCUAAUCUACAUGGGCCACGCCAUGCACACGGUUCGCAGGGAGGAGAAGAGAAAGAGUAGCGAGGAGGAGGAGGAUGCGGGUGGAGGAGGGAAAGAGGAAGACCAAGGAGGAGGUGAAAAAGGAGGAGGAGGUAGAAACAAGCAGGGAAGGAGUGCUGAGAAGGAUGAAGGAAAGGAAAAAGAUGAAGGUUCGUCUGCAGGUCGAGUUCGGCUGAGGGGGGCGCUGCUGAAGACAUACAUAAUGAGUAUUCUGAUCCGUACCAUCGUGGAGGUAAGCUUUACACCACACAACUUUAUACGUCCUCAUAACCUUUUAAAUACAUCUUUGAUUUCUGAAAGCUUUUCUUUAGACUUUGGCUGCUUUUUAAAAUAUGCGCCAAUUCUCUAUACCACUUGAUCAUGACUGCAUGUUAAAAAUCUUGAGCAAAAGAAUCAU